AUGUCUCUGUCUAACAAACUCGCUAUUACCGACGUCGAUCUCAAGGACAAGCGUGUCUUGAUCCGAGUCGACUUCAACGUCCCUCUCGAUGCCGACAAGAAGGUCACAAACAACCAAAGAAUAGUCGGCGCUCUUCCUACCAUCAAAUAUGCAAUUGAUCAUGGCGCCAAAGCCGUCAUCCUCAUGUCUCAUCUCGGCCGCCCGAACGGCACGAAGAAUCCCAAAUACAGCCUGAAACCGGUCGUCCCUGAGCUUGAGAAGUUACUGGGCAAGAGUGUCAUCUUCACAGAUGACUCUGUUGGGCCCGAGGUCGAAGAGACGGUCAACAAAGCCAGUGGUGGCCAGGUCAUUCUGCUCGAGAACUUGCGCUUCCAUCCGGAAGAGGAGGGAAGCAGCAAAGACGCCGAUGGUAAGAAGGUCAAGGCAGACAAGGAUGCUGUUGCCAAAUUCCGUGCGGGAUUGACUGCAUUGGGUGACAUCUACAUCAAUGAUGCCUUCGGAACCGCCCAUCGUGCGCACAGCUCUAUGGUCGGUGUCGACCUACCGCAGAAGGCUUCCGGUUUCUUGAUGAAGAAGGAGCUUGAGUACUUUGCCAAAGCCCUCGAGAACCCUAAGAGACCGUUCUUGGCCAUUCUUGGUGGCGCCAAAGUUUCGGACAAGAUCCAACUGAUUGAUAACCUGCUCGAGAAGGUCGACAGCCUGAUCAUUUGCGGAGGCAUGGCUUUCACUUUCAAGAAGACUCUGGAAGGUGUCAAGAUUGGUACUAGUUUGUUCGACCAGCCCGGCAGCGAAAAGUGCGCCGAGCUGGUGGAAAAGGCCAAGAAGCACAACGUCAAGAUUAUCCUGCCAGUGGACUAUGUCACAGCCGACAAAUUUGACAAGGAUGCGCAGGUCGGCUAUGCAACUGACAAAGAAGGUAUUCCUGAUGGCUGGAUGGGGCUUGACUGUGGCGAGGAGAGCAUCAAAUUGUACAAGCAGGCCAUCGACGAGGCACAGACGAUUCUGUGGAACGGACCUGCCGGCGUUUUCGAGUUUGACAAGUUCGCCAAUGGUACGAAGAAGACCCUGGACGCGGCAGUGGCAGCGGCCCAGAGCGGAAAGAUUGUGAUCAUCGGGGGAGGAGACACGGCCACCGUCGCCGCCAAGUAUGGAGUUGAAGACAAAUUGAGCCAUGUGUCUACUGGAGGCGGUGCAAGCUUGGAACUGCUCGAGGGCAAAGAGCUACCCGGUGUGGUCGCCUUGUCCAGCAAGUAG